CAGAAACUUCAUCUUUGAAGAGACCAAAGCCAACCAGACUCCAGCACCAUGGCUUGCUGUGUCGCCCGCUGCUGCAGUGUCCCCACAGGCCCUGCCACCACCAUCUGCUCCUCAGACAAGUCCUGCCGCUGUGGAGUCUGCCUGCCCAGCACCUGCCCACACACCAUUUGGCAGCUGGAGCCCACCUGCUGUGACAACUGCCCCCCACCCUGCCACAUCCCUCAGCCCUGUGUGCCCACCUGCUUCCUGCUCAACUCCUGCCACCCAACCCCAGACCUGCUGACCGUCAACCUCACCACCUAUGUGCAGCCAGGCUGUGAGGAUCCCUGUGUUCCAAAGUGCUGCUGACCUGUGGCUCCCUUGCUUGACGCCUCAUACUGAAAACCCCAGGAACUGCCCAACCACCACCUGCUUAUCUCAAUAGUUAUCACAAUGUUAAAAUAGGCAGAUGACCUAAGCCAUGGAAACCCUACUUUUGUUUUUAAGGGCAAGAAAUCAAGGUUUUGCUUAUGUGAUCCGGAUGAAUAGCCAUUUGACUGAUUUCAACAGGUGAACAUCUUCCAUUAUGAAAGUGCUAUUGAAAUCUUUAAGAUUUCAAACUAUGGGGGUUUGGGCCAUGUUGCUUCUGGGAUCUCAUUUUCUGUAUUGAGCAUUUUCAGAGGCAAAAUAAUCUCCUAAUGGGUUUUCUAAUAAAUUGUAUUUCCCUGGCCAUAAGUGUUCUUUAUUUAUGUUAGUAUUUGGGACACAUUUCUUGUGUUUAAUAGAUUAUCUUUAUUAUUAUUAUUAUUAUUAUUAUUAUUAUUAUUAUUAUUAUUAAUUAAAGGUUCAAAAUGAAAGCAGCACCAGAGCGAGCUUGCUGGCGCGCCUUCCUGAUUUAUUAUCAGUCUUUACUGUCCAUCUUCUCUCCUUUCUCUCAAACUCAUCAAAUCCUCAAAACAACACUAUAUAAUGAUAUGGGAUACGUUGUCGAUUUGUUAUUAAAUGUUCUCAAAAUUAUAGAGUUAAUUACUAAGGCAAGCAGAAUUUAACC